UGAAGACAUUUCGAAUGAAUAUUCCAGAACAUCAAAAAGUCAAUUCAGUUUAUUUAUGAAUCUGUAAUGGCAGAUAAUUUCACCAAGGUCUGAUAAAAACUGGUGUAUAUUAAUCAAGCUGUUGGUCCAAGUGUUCAACAGAAUUUUCGUGAUACGUUACAGCGCUAGUUCUCGCUACAUUCAGGCGCCAAGUUCCUGGCUUACCAUGCCUCCUAAGCUUGAUCCUACUGCUGUUACUUAUUGUUACCUGAGAGUUAUUGGUGGUGAGGUUGGUGCAACAUCGUCUUUAGCACCGAAAAUUGGUCCUCUUGGCUUGUCUCCUAAAAAAGUCGGUGAUGAUAUCGCAAAAGCAACUCAAGAAUGGAAAGGUCUUCGUAUUUGUGUUAAAUUGACUAUCCAGAAUCGACAAGCGACCAUCAGUGUUGUUCCCACGGCUUCUUCUCUCAUAAUCAAAGCCCUUAAGGAAGAGCCUCGUGAUAGGAAGAAAGUAAAAAACAUAAAACACAAUGGGAAUUUGACAUUUGAUGAGAUAAUAGAAAUUGCACGAACGAUGAGACCCAGAAGCAUUGCCCGUGAGCUUUCUGGAACAGUAAAAGAGGUUCUGGGAACGGCAAGAUCGGUUGGCUGUACAGUUGAUGGUGAGUCUCCUCAAGUCAUAAUCGAGAAAGUAAAUGCUGGGGAAAUGUCGGUACCUGCAGCGUAGUUACAAAUAAACUUUUGGUACGUGAUGACUAUUCUCUUUUUCUUGGGCUGGAUUUAGUCGUAUCUGGUUCUGUCAUAGUGUAUAUACUGACAUGUAGCAUAUCUUAGAGAUAUGGAAUUCAGGUAUUACGGGUUGGUUGCAUAUGUUUAAGUGGUAUGACGUAACUGGUUCAAUCGAUUUGCUCUUACUAUCUGACUUCAAUAACUAGGUUUUCAUGUAUUUUUGGUAGGGUUGGUACAUAUUUCAGUGGUCAGGUUUCCUCUAAGUUUCGGUAUACUUGCGUUGCAAUUGGGGAGUCGCUUCCAGAAGACGUUAAGUCGUGUCGGGUUAGGAAAUGUGACUUCCUUACAAAGUUUCGAACUUGUGAGCGUUAAUCUGGGUCUCUAUGUUCCCAGUGCGAGCCCUACUGCCGAGUCCCACCCACAGUUGAUGAAUAAAAUUAAUUUAAUUGAAAGGGUCCAUUCACUGUAUGCGAGGCACUACGUUAAUGUUUGAUCACAAUUUGACUACAAAUUGUCAUUCCAACGGCUCAUUGUGGCUGGCGAUCUACUUAUUGGUUUAAAUAUUGUGAUCUUAUUAGUUUUUAAAUAUCCUAGUCACCUUAAAAUAAUCAGUCAAUAUUGUACAGGUAGAUUUCGUUCUAGUAGCUUUAGAAAUAUCAGCAGACUGGUUCUUCCUGUCUCAAAGUAUGCCUCGUAAUAAAAAUGCCGAAUUAUUGCUUAUCACAGUUAUAUUGACGCAGCAUUUGCGGUUCCCUCACGCAUAGCGCUAAUGCCAACUUGAGUUCAUAGGAUUCUUCCAUUUUCUAGACUGGUUAAUGAUAUAUUCAUAUUAAGUCUGUAUGUCGGGUUAUUUCCAUAUUAAGAUAUUUUAAGUCUUCGAAUAUACCAACAUGGUGGUCAAACAUGAUUCCACAUGUCAUUUAUAAACGAGACGUAAAUGGUUGCCUUUCAAGUUUAUGACAUGAUUUGGGAUAUAAACUACAUUUUAAUAAUAAACUGGUUUGACGCAACCAAACUAUUGGAAGAGGUAUACGCAUGGCAUCCGUAUUCAGCGAACUGUAUAGAACGUUUGAAGUGUCUAAAUGCAAAAUAAAAAGCAGUAAAUUUGUCAAUAAUUUUCACUGAAAAAAAUUGUCGGUCCUAUGAAUCUCGUGCUAUUUAUGUCACUGAAUAGUACUGUAAGUACACGGAUAAAUAUAGUCAUUAGUACUGUCUUUGGAUGCUGCUCAAAGUAGAAUGCAUAAACCCACAUUAGAUAAAUAAAUUAUUUGCGAUAUUUAUGAUAGCCUUGUGUACAAUUAUUGAUUGUUUCAUAUCGGUCGUUGGCCGAAUCUAACUGAUUCCAUCCGUCAGUUCAUCUAAUUACAUUUCAAUCAAAGACCAACUGUCAGAUCAGAUCAUAUACAUAUCCGUCGUGUGACUAGAAAUUUCCCGCUGAAAAUUUCCGCUAUUGCUGUUGCCCACGAACAAGAUAUAAUAUUUUAGCAUCCAUGUACCAACAGAUGCUCCGGGUUUACUUGUACGCUUUAGUUUAAUAACGAACGCCUGGAUGUUGCAAUCAUUUGUGCUGGAUUUCUCUGUUUGAAUGUAGGUGGAUCCGAGUGCUGUUAGAGUUUCGAUGGGUGUUGUCACUUCAAUUGCCUACACCAUUUAACCGCACUUCUUAAGGGACCUGAAAAAGAAACUGGUUUAGAAGUGUCGAUUGCCUUGAACAUGACGGCAGCAUCCGUGGGUUAAUUUGCGAGUAUGAUUUCGUAAUCUUUUUGGUAGGCAGUUUUAGAUGGGUCAGGUUCGUAGAUUUCAGACUACUACAGGCUGUGUAAGUGUUAAGACAAGGUAAGAUAUCCUGUUCCUUUAGGGUCGGACUUUUCUAUCCCAUCUCCUGUAAGAAGGCAGUAUGGCUUCCGAUAUUGGUUGCGGUAAACCUCUUCCACCACAGUCGUGUACGGUCAACAGUCAGACUUCAUCUUCGUACCUGUUUUUGAUCUUGCCGUUCUCCAGUCGAUCCGCCUUGUAUGUUAAGUUCUAUGAAAACGAGUAUUUUAGCGAAAUCGGUUAUAUUAUUACAAUGAACAAACCUAACAAUGUCUUUGUAGUAACGGGUGCUGUCGGAAUUUAAAGAUUUCUUCCUCACCGGGUGGGUGUCAAAAUCAUGUUAAGUUGAGUCUAUAAUUGUGCGGAUCAACAUCCUAACGAGCUAUUAUAAGAAAUGUGGUUCAUGGGUCUUUCUCUUGUUUCAUUGCUUUUUAACAUUGAUAAGCAGGUUGUCUUUGCUACUGUUAAAUUGCUCACACUUUUUCGUUCCCGAGUACCGUAUAUCUUUCAUAAGAAACAAGUUAAAUAGUUACUGGACUAAUUAUUUUGUUUGUGUACAUUUAUUACUGGUAUAUGGACUAAGGCUUAGAUAGGACGAAAUGAUCUUACAGUUCAAGAUAACGUAUCAGGGAUUGAACAAUUAUUUGGUAACAUUAUGUACUUCACAGCUAAGGCAUACCUCUUACAGCACUAUCAUUGAACUUCAGUGGGGUAAAUAAUUGAGGGGUUUGUAACCCUAAAGAUGCCUUAUCCACGUUGUUUUUGGGGCGAAUUAUUUCCCCUUUACUGGUAUUAACUUGUCACUGUUGUUCACUAACGUUUAUGCAAUGAUCCAUUGUUAUAAAUUAGUUUAUGGAGAGCUUUGCUUAAAAACUUGUUAUGUGAUUUUUGAGGAGUGUGAUAAUCCUUUUGCGUUUAUAGAUUUCAUUUCCUUUGUUGACUAUGAGGAAGUUGUUAUGGAAGCUAAUAGUUGAAUGAAAUAAUUCUACUAGGAAAUUGCACUUUAGAUGGAACCUAACAAAUAUAAUGGAGACUUCUAUUCACAGUCAACAUGAAUUAUUAUACAAUUAUUAUUAUAGUUAUCUUAUUUGUCCAACUAUAACAUAUGACAAAACAGCUAUUUCGUACAUCGUGAGCUGUUAAAUCAGUGUGCAAACAAAAGCUUGCGUAAUUGACUCAGUUCAUUACACAUUUCAAUAUGUAGUGACUUCCAUAUGUGUGUUCAGGAAAGACUAGUAUCCUUAGUGAGAAGACAUGUAGUGGGGUUCAAUCUACUUGGAAGGUGUAUAUCAUUUGAAAGAUAUAACUCAACGAUGCUGGGAAUCGAUUUUAAUCCACCAGCCCACUCGUAAUUAUUGUGCAUCUGAUUAGUUAGGUAGUAAUAUAGGUCUUUGCAUUGUUUACGUGACUAAGUGCUGUAUUAAACCAGGAUGUUCGGUUUUACUUGCUGGUAAAAAUUACUUAAUAUGAACUUUAUCUGAAAUGCUUGUGAAGCAAAUUGGUGUACAUCAGAAAGAUCACCGGGUUUUCCAUUUUUCGUUGUACAUUUUGUGACGGUCGGUCACAAUAUUAUCAAAGACUUCUCUUACAUGCGGAAAUAUGUCUAUUCAAGAACUAUCCGUUUCACAGAUGUCAUCUUAUUCUACCGAACCUGGUAAGGUCAUUUUGGAUAUACGAUAUGGCAGAAUCAGGCAAUACUAAUAAUCAACUUUUUAUCGAAAUGGCCGAAAGACAAAGAAGACGAUAAACGUUAUGAGGAAGGACGUGUUUGGUCGUAUAAAGGGGUGGGGUGACCUGAGACUUCUAAACUGGCUGACUACGGCAAGAGAAGGGUUUCAGGGCAGUUCAUGGGGGUCAUCUUGUAAUGAUGCUUGAAGGAAUGCAUUCAGCUGGUUAGUGUCCAAUAAAACCAACAAGAUCAGGUUCAAUAUCGAAUGCGUGCAAAACUAUCCAUUGUGCAAGUUGUUUAUCACUACAUCAGCAAUGGUUUUGUGUAGACUUAUUGGUAAAAUGGCCCACCUCAAUCAAUGUAUUGUAUUAGGGUUCGUUAGCAGUAUAAGUUUAUCAUAGUAAAGUUGCUAAUUUGUCGAUUGAGGAAUUCCUAUUUAGCGAAUCCCAAACAAACAUAUCUGUCUUCAGAGAGCUAUCCUAACCUAUUACAUCGCAAUCCAAGUAUUUCAGAUUUCUAACUUCAAAAUUAAAAUGGUCCUUAGGUUGCUUAAACCCACAUGGUUCUGCCAGUCUUGAAGUACACAUAUGUGCUUUGUUCUAUUUUGCUACUUACUGAAAGUAUUCAGUUGUUGUGGGUGACUGACUUUGUGAUCAGGAAACUGUCGUAUUUGUGCACUAAAAAGGAAUUAGAUAAAGGCUUUUAGUUACAGACUAGUAUUUUAAUACCUGAAGUCUCGAAGGUCGUGAAAAUAGUUACAAAUGGAUCUUCUGAAACUACCUAGUUAGGCACUGUCAUAUCUGAAUGUCAACUCAAAUUUCUCCUGUGUAUAUUGACCACGUGGCUAGAUGAUGAAGUAUAAUUGUCUUGUGGACAUAGAUCUAACAUGUUUCUCCAGAGUAUUAAGUAUAGUUGGUCAUUAAGUCCUCUUAGUUUCACAAAUGUAAACUCAAUAAUUGUUUCUAUUUCUUUUCCUUCAAAAAUAAAUUAUUGUCCACAUAUUCAAUUUUUUAUUACUUAAAUGUUCCGUAUUAUUAUUAAAUUUGAAAUUAAUUGAGUGCAAUAAAUAGUAAAAUUCCUAUAUCACUUAUUAAUUUGAAAAGAAGUUCGUUGUUAAGUGUGAAAAUAUUUUGUUUCAUAUUUCUUUUGGUACUUUUCUAAACGUAAAUAUCAAAUUUGAGUUUGCCAAACUGUUGAUUAUGCCGAGAUUCAGUUUAAACUCGAUAUUUAAAGUUUCAACCCUUACUACUAAAUCAUACUGGAGUCCAUCAGUGCUUGCGUAUUUUUGUUCUUGUUCCCUUUUAAAUAAAGACACUGGUAUUAUUGUUAUUAUUACUAUUCGAAUAAGCGAAUUUUACUAAUUAUAGGCUUUGUCUUUGAAGAAACUAUAAAGAUGAAUUUUAUAAAACUUUACAUAUUGGAGUUGUUGAGAUAUCUAAGGUAGACGGAGAUCACAAAAACAUCCUCAUCCUGAGCUUCAAAUAUUCUUUAUCACUUGAUCUCAUACUUUCUAGCUUUUAAUGUGCUAACAUAUCACGAAUUGUAGUUGUCUUUAGCGCCUGGAAAUGUUCUCUGAAGUCAUUAUUUCAACGGAGAAAUAUUUGUUAGAUAUAUAUGUGUAAGAUAUAUAAUAUAGUAAAUACAUCAUGACGUGAACACUUAGCUGUUGCUGCUCAAUAUAUUCUAAAAAUUCCCCUAAGACUUGAAGAUGAAAUCGUCAGAAUCAUGUCUUCAUGGAAAUGUAAUCGAAACGCCCUUUAAGAUAGAAUGUACGACGGGAAUCAGUUAGGAGUGUUGUAGCUGAUCGAUCUUUUUAAAAACCAUUUUUGCGGUGUGGUGCGAUGGCUAAGCAGUUCAAAGACUCAUUUUUUUAAACCAUUUGGUUACGAAUUCAAAACACGCAAUGCCUUUUUAGAUGGCUGAGCGGUAAUACUGGCCGUCACAAAAGUAUUACCUGCGAUCAAAUAUAAUGACGUGCACUAAUCGCACACGUCACAUAUUAAAGUCUUGUGAUUUCGGUAAGGUUGACUAUGGUUUAGUUAGGAUAGAUUUUUUAUUUAACCCUAAUCAAAAGUCUCUGGUUUAAAUUACACUGCUGCUCAUGUUUCUUUCUUAAUUAAAUCAUCACCACCUCUCUAUAUGAUAUCAGAUUACUCAGCUAGUUAUUUAAAAACUACAAUAAUCCAGUAUCCAUCUCAUCAGUCUAAUUUGGUCUUAAACCCUAGGAAAGAUUCUAUUUUCUUUACAUGUGCGCACUUGCUUAAUUAAUAUUUUCUUGUGUAUUUUUUCAGAGCAUAAACUAAAUAUCUUAAAAUUUGAUGUAAAAUAUUUUUCAGAACACAUUUCCGGGGUGUUUUUAUUUAUUUAUCCACAUUGUAUGAACUGAAAUAAAACGAAUUCAUCUUACUGUUUUGACGUUCUUAUCCCAUUAUUGCAAUUGGCUAAUAUAAGUAGCUAGAUGUUUUUUUUACAAAUAGACAAAUGACCUGUAUAUAAAGUGUUUUGAAAAACGAAGAGUUACCUUCUCAGGAGGUUUGCUGACAAAGUCAGAAAAUCGUAAUUGAUGGGUAACAAUAAGAAUAGUGUGAUCUACCAUAAAAUUUCCUUUACUCACUGUUCUAAAGCAAUUGAUAUUUUACUUUUAAAGUGUUAGUAAAUGAGUCUAGGCAGUGGUUAAACCGUACCCAAGUCAAUAUGCUUGGAAUGUCGUAUUAAGUUAGUGUAUUGUAACAACCAUGUGCUCCGUGGAUAUUUGUUAAUAAUAGACUUUGAAUUUCCGUGGUUGGACUGAGUCGAAUCUCUUAAAAAAAUGCUUAGGAAAUCUUGUGACACCAU